AUGUACCAAGAGCUGGGUCUUUUAUGCGUUCUUUUCUUACCUGUUUUACUCAUUUACUUUUAUCGAUCGAAUGCACUUGAUGACGACAAUCAUGACAACAGUAACCGCGCAACAACCACCUCGACCACUAAAAAGUCCAAAAAGUCCAAAAAGAAGAAAGGCAAAGGAAAAGCGUCAUUAGACAGCAACAGCAGCAAGACGACAACGACAGACAAACAAUCUUUACCCAUAACUACAACAACUACGGCAACCACCGAUACCUCGCAUUCGCAACAAAAGGAUUCCAAGCGAUCGCCAUCUUUAGGAAAACAAUCUACACCAAGUCUUGAUGCACAGACAUCGCCUCUUAUGGACAGAGCGCCAGAAGCAAGUAACGAGCUCACAACUAAGGCAUCGACAAAGAGCGAUGGUACUAGCAAGGAGAAAAAGGAGUCAUUCGCUGCUGCUGCUACUGCUGCCGCUGACAAGGCAAAUGAGCCAUCAAGAGAAGUAGACAAACAUAUGGAUUUAACAGCAAGAUACUCGCGCGUCAUGCGAAUCACUACGGAGCCAGAAGAAGAAGAGUGGGAGCCAGUACCAUACGAGGAUGGAUGGGAGUCAAUUGAUUCAAGUAAAAAGCCAAUCUACUCUGCACCACGGACGCAAGAAGUAGCGUCAAAGAAACAACGCGAGAACCAGGCCAAAGCUGCCAAACGCAAAGAAGCCAAAGCUGCAGCAGAUGCAUUACAAGCAGAGCGGUUAAGACGGCAUCAGAAGGAACUGGAACGACGAAAGAUAAACGAGUUUUAUAGUACCGGUGCUGGCAAGAACACACCAUGGGGCAAAAAAGGACAGAAAGGAACAUCGUCCAAAACACCUACGGCCACAGCAGGUUUGAAUGAAAAGGGUCAAUUGAUUUGGGACUAG